AGGGGACCCCGAGCCCGGCCUCGCCCCUGCGGUGCGCGCUCGCUUCCUGUGAGGUCAGGUGGGAGGAAGCAGCUGCCGGUGGACGCCGAGCCCCGGGAACCGUGCGCGCAGGUACAGCCCAGCAGAAGUCCACAGCUUCCAGGGAGAAUGGUGAGGAUCUUGGCCAAUGGGGAGAUCGUUCAGGAUGAUGACCCUCGAGUGAGGACGACCACCCAACAGAGAAGUAGCAGUCCUCGGCAGGGCUUUUUCAACAGAGGCCAUGGAGCACCUCCAGGGGGCCCCGGACCCCGCCAGCAGCAGGCAGGUGCCCGACUGGGUGCUGCGCAAUCUCCUUUCAGUGACCUGAACCGGCAGCUGGUGAACAUGGGCUUCCCACAGUGGCAUCUUGGAAAUCACGUGGUGGAGCCUGUGACCUCCAUCCUCCUGCUCUUCCUGCUCAUGAUGCUUGGGGUGCGUGGCCUCCUGCUAGUAGGCCUGGUCUACCUGGUGUCUCACCUGAGCCAGCGGUGACCUCCAGGGGGGCGGCACUCAUGAGGGUGGGAGUGUUCAAUAGGAUCGACUGGGCUUCGGUGCAGAUCACGCACAGGGGGAGGGAUCUUGGGUGUGCUCAGAAGAUGUGAUGGGCGUGAGAGCGGUGGUGAGCGUAGGUUUUCUCCGCUGCAGGAAGCAGAGGGACUCUCUGGGCCAGCACUGCUGAAAAAGAGAGUCCUGUGGUUUCCUGGAAUGAUUUUAGGGGGCAUAGGACCUCCACUAAAAAGCACAAGCCGGAGUAAGAAAGGCUUAGUAUGUUGUAUUCCCCCAGAAAACAAGACCUCCGCCAGGCGCAAACCCGGAGCUUAGAGCAGCUGGGAACUGUUCAGAGUUUUAUAGCAUUCCUUGAUCUUGACGGUGUCUUUUUUUAUCGGCUGCUUUUAUUUAUGAGGAAGGAUGUUAACACUCUGUUCGUAAUGAUCUUUCCUUUUGGUAUUCCAAGACAGAGUCUCACUGUGUAGCCUUGGCUGGCCUGGAACUCACCCAGUAGACCAGGUUGGCCUUGAGCUCACAGAGAUCCUCCUGUGUCUUCCUCCCAAGUGCUGGGACCAAAGGUGUGUGAUACUGUGCCCAGCUAUUGUGAUAUUUUCAAUAAAUAAAUCGGAGUCCCUUUUAAGAA